GUUCAGGAAUGGCGAUGUCGAAGGCGAUCGCCUGCCCUUUUGGGCACUCACUGCGACUACAAGAAAUUUUGUGCUAUAACUAAUCGCUCCGUCGCGCUCGCCCCAAACCAGGCUAGAUAGCUCUGCGACAUCGUCGGUCCAAAGUUUGUACGAUUCUUCAUGUUGUAAAUCGCUGUAAGAAUGGAUAGCGCUACGAAGCAAGAGGACCCUGUCGUCGGCUCGUCAGAGAAGGUUGAGCGUCCCGGCAACACCAAGGCUGAAACGGCGCUCUUCAAUUACGUCAAGCCGCAGUUGCGCAAAACCCACGAUCCCGAUGUGACAUUCGAGGAAUAUCAUUACUAUGCGAAGAAGACGCGCGAGGAGGAGUUGACGCUCGAGGCUCCCAAGACCAACUGGAAGGGCCUCGUGAUGAAGAAGAAGACGAUUCCGAGUGGAGAAGGCGAUGCAAGCACACACGCAGCGGCUCGCAUGCCCACGGAAGAAGAGCUGGCGAACCGUACCAACCGCCUUGAAAUCACCGACGAGGAAUGGACCAACGCAAGCCGCGCCUUUAGAACGGCAUCGGGUGGUGCCUGCUUCUACUUGAUUACGACGGACGUCUUGGGUCCUUUCCCGGUGGCUUUCUCCUUGGGCACGUUGGGAUGGGGUCCGGGUAUCGCCUUCUAUACCAUCUUCGGAUUCUUCGCCGGAUACUCGGGCUACCUCAUCUGGAGGGUGUUUAUCGGCAUCGACAGUUACGAGUUUCCCGCCCGAAACUACGGUGACCUGGGGUUCCGCACCUGGGGCACGACCGUCCGCCACAUCACAAACUUCCUGCAAGCAAUUGCGCUGCUUCUCCUGCUGGGACAAGUCACGAUACUCUUCGGCCAGAACAUAUCCGAGAUCUCAAAGUUUCGGCUUUGCUAUGUCGUCUGCCCGAUCCUGUUCGUCGUGGCAGGGUUCUUCUUGACACAGAUCCGGACGCUCAAGGCAUACGGAUGGGUUGCCACGCUCGCCAUUUGGAUGAACCUCUUGACCAUCUUCAUCUCCAUGGGCGUCAUCGCCAACUCGCCCCCCAAUUACGCGAUUGCGACCCUAGGAUCCGCAGGGAGCGCCGUGGACAAGAGCACAAUCACCCCCGACAAGGACGGCAACUACCCGCCCAUCAUGCACUACACUGGCCUGCCCCCCGGCGGCUUGGUCGGCUCCAUCAACGGCUUGCUGUCGGGCGUGUUGGCCUAUGCAGGUGCUCAGCUGUUCGUGGAGUUUCUGGCCGAGAUGAAGCGGCCGAGGGACUUUCUCAAGGCAAUGUGGGGUGCCCAAUUGUUCAUUUACACGGCAUAUCUCGUCUACGGAUGCUUCGUCUACCAUUUCCAAGGGCAGUAUAGUUUCAACCCAAGCUUCCAGGGCGUGAGCACCUAUGCCUGGCAGACAGUCGGCAACUGCAUCUCUCUCGUGGCUGGCCUGAUUGCCGCUGGUUUGUACGGCAAUAUUGGCAUCAAGGUCGUAUACAACAAUAUCCUACUGGACAUCUUCAACGCUCCGCCGCUGGUCACAAGGAAGGGGAAGCUCAUAUACGCGUCAAUCGUGCCGCUCUGGUGGUCGACCGCGUUCAUCAUUGCGGCCGCGAUCCCCGACUAUUUCGGCUUCAUCAGUGUCAUGUCGGCCUCUACGCUGCUCAACCUCACGUAUACGCUGCCCCCGCUCUUUGCGCUCGGGUUCGACAUCCAGCGCCAUGCCGUCCGCGGCGAGAUCGGCGAGGGCUUUGACCCAAGCACCGGCCGGGUCACACGCAGCGGGUCCACGCUGCAACGCUGGAUGAGAGGUUUCCGCGCCGGCGGCCCGUUUCAAGUCGCCCUCAACAUCUGGCACGUCAUCUAUUUUCUCGCAUCUCUCUCGAUGUGUGGGUUGGGAAUGUAUGCGGCGGUGCAAGGUGAGUGCCCCCAACGGUCAUGCGAUCGUAAAAGGACCCCCUUUUGACAGCUGUUCGACGCAGGGAUGAUUGAGGCGUUCAAGGAGCCCCAGCUGAACUCGUUUUCUUGCGUUUCACCCCUCAACUUGAACGCAUAGGAUUAAGUUUCUAUUGCAAGAGGCUAGCUUGAAGCAACGUUGAUGUGUUUAAG